AUGGAGCACCAGAUGGUCCACCUGCAUCAAUGGCCUGCUUGCCGCCUCGAGAGGCGGGGCCGAGUCUACAUUCUCACCCUCACCGGCGCUGAUGACCACCGCUUCAACCCUCCCUCCCUCGAUGACAUCCUCACUGCCCUGAAGCUCGUUGAUCAAGCCCCAGAUGCCGGGGCCCUUGUCACCACCAAUGAAGGCAGGUACUUCUCUAAUGGCCUCGAUCUCAAAUGGAUCAAAACAAAUCUCUCACAUUCUGCACUAGAUAUAAUCCGCGAUAAAUUCGAGGGCAUGCUCUCCUUCAUGAUGAAAUUGGGAAUUCCGACGCUGGCCGCCAUCUGUGGCCAUGCGGCUGCAGGCGGGUUCAUGCUCGCGCUUGUCCACGACUACCGUUUCAUGACGAAUGGUAAAGGGGUCCUUUACAUGAGUGAAUUGGACCACGGCAUGUACAUGCCGAGGAGUCUGAUGUCUGUUAUCAAGAGCAAGCUCUCGCCGGUUUCUCUUAGGGAGGUUGUGUUGAAGGCGAGGAAAUUCACUGCCUCUGAGGCUUUGGAAUUCAGGAUCAUUGAUGGUGUUUACGACGAUGCUGCCAAGACGAUCGAUACAGCGAUCGUCGAAGCAGAGAAGCUGGUGGCCCGGGGUUGGAAGAGAGAUAGCUAUGCAAAUUUGCGGGCUGGGGCUUUUCCUGAGGUGAUCGAAGAGAUAGAGGCGCGUCGGGAUCCUUAUGUUUGGCGGUUGAAAGGUUUCAGUGUGAUUGGGAAUCUAGUCUUUAAACAAUGA